AAUUAAUAGCCUAGUGGACCACGCAACGCGGCGUAUACCAUCGAGAACGAGCGCGAAACGUUAAAGGCACAUCCAAAGUUUAAACUAUUUCCGCAGAGAUUUUGAUAAACAGCUCCAAAAUGGUGGUCAAUUUCAAGGUGUUCAAGAAGUGUUCCCCGAACAACAUGAUCACGCUCUACAUGAACAGGCGUGAUUUUGUAGAUUCCGUGACUCAGGUGGAACCCAUUGAUGGAAUCAUUGUGCUGGACGAUGAGUACGUGCGCCAGAACCGCAAGAUCUUCGUGCAGUUGGUCUGCAAUUUCCGAUAUGGGCGCGAGGACGACGAGAUGAUCGGUCUGCGGUUCCAGAAGGAACUGACCCUGGUCUCGCAGCAGGUGUGCCCACCCCAGAAGCAGGACAUCCAGUUGACCAAGAUGCAGGAGCGUCUGCUGAAGAAGCUUGGCUCCAAUGCCUAUCCCUUCGUGAUGCAGAUGCCACCAAGCUCGCCGGCCUCGGUGGUUCUCCAGCAGAAGGCCAGUGACGAGAGCCAGCCCUGCGGAGUCCAGUACUUCGUAAAGAUCUUUACCGGAGACAGCGACUGCGAUCGAUCGCAUCGCAGGAGCACCAUUAACCUGGGCAUCCGCAAGGUGCAGUACGCACCGACCAAGCAGGGCAUCCAGCCCUGCACCGUCGUUCGCAAGGACUUCCUUCUGUCGCCCGGAGAGCUCGAACUGGAGGUCACCCUCGACAAGCAGCUGUACCAUCACGGCGAGAAGAUCUCGGUGAACAUCUGCGUGCGCAACAACUCCAACAAGGUGGUGAAGAAGAUCAAGGCCAUGGUGCAGCAGGGCGUCGAUGUGGUCCUGUUCCAGAACGGUCAGUUCCGCAACACGAUCGCCUUCAUGGAGACGAGCGAGGGAUGUCCCCUGAACCCGGGAUCCAGCCUGCAGAAGGUCAUGUAUCUGGUGCCCACCCUGGUGGCCAAUUGCGACCGCGCAGGCAUCGCCGUUGAGGGUGAUAUCAAGCGCAAAGACACAGCUCUGGCCUCGACCACACUUAUUGCCAGUCAGGAUGCGAGGGAUGCCUUUGGCAUAAUUGUUUCAUAUGCUGUGAAGGUCAAGCUUUUCUUGGGAGCCCUGGGCGGCGAGCUCUGCGCUGAGCUACCAUUUAUUCUGAUGCACCCGAAGCCAAGUCGCAAGGCCCAACUGGAAGCCGAGGGCUCCAUUGAGGCCUAAACUGAAAGGGCUACCUCAACCAACGAAAAAAAUGGCGUAUUUCUACAAGUCAAACCGAUUUUUGUAGAUCCUAAAAAAUGCUGAUGUUGCUGAAAUGUUCUGAACUGCAGUCGUCGUACUUUUCCUAUAUAGCAAAUCCAAUAUCCAUAUAUUGUAUGUGUGUAUGUGUAUUAUAUUUAUAACUCAACUAACAAUUAAAUAUGAACAGAGUUUAUGUAUGUAUUUUGGAGUAUUCUAUUGAAUUUAGCACGGUGUAUUUGAAAAGGCUCCAGCAUUGAAAGUUUGUAUGGAAUGCGCACUAAAUAUUUAAUAAUGUGCUUACGAAGGCAUUUCGUAGUAUUUGAUAUCUUGCAAUGUCUGCUGAUUAUGUACAUUGAAGUGCAAUGGGGAAAUCAACAGAAGCCAGUGCAAUCUAUUCAAUUACUAAUAGUGGGUCUUGCAUUUGUGGCUUAGUAAUUCCAAUUAUUGCUACUCUGAAAAGCCGAGGAGCAGCCUAAUUAAUACUUGGCCACUAUGCUGGAGGAAGUUUACUGAACUGAAUUCGAGUAAGGAAAAUGGACAAUAAUUGAUAUAAUAUGGUGAGCUUCUUGCUGGACUUUGAAAUCGUAAAAUUUAAGCGAACACACUUCAAACGCAUCCAUUUAAUUUGUGAAUGUUUGCAGUCCCACUUUUAAUAAGCACCCAAUAUUAACGAUAACGCCACUCUAAUCAAAAUUUUCCAAUAGUCAGGGUUGAAAUACUGAUCAAUCACGCUGCCAACAUUUCGGCAGACCAGGUGGGUAAUGAGUUUAAAAUGGUUUUGCGUAAUGGGAUUAAUCGAAUUUCAUUAAGGAAGAUUAGAUUGCCGUCUUUGGAAGUGAUCUUUUAUAGUGGCUGACCAUAAAAAUUGCAUUGCAAAUACUAAUUUAAGCAUACAUGCUAUAUAACCGAUAAGAUGGGCGAGCGUCAAGGCAAAAAUAGUUGACCGUAUUAAUAGUUUAAUCAACUAGCUUCAAGUUAAUUUAUAAUGCGAAUUAGGAAGCACUCUGGCAUGCUAUUAAAAACUUAAGAACUGAUAAACGAAACUUAAUUCCUAAAAUAAAAAUGUACCUAAUUACUUUUAUAUACUAUUAU